CGUUCAGGGUUCAAACCCAGCUCCUUGUUCUUUGGAUGAGUAUAUGCAUUAGUCUACAGGGUUUACUUUUAGUUGUUACAAGUAAAUGAGGAUGAUUACAAUGACCUCAACUCAAAUACAGAAAAUAUGAAAUUGAUAUUUCUUGCAUUUUCAUUUGCAGUUGAUGAAUUCCAAAAGCUUGACUGAGUUAUUCCAUCAAUCCAUCAUCAGUCAUUGAACAAAAGACAUUACCCAUUCAAAAUGGCCUUCAAUGCAACACAUCUGGAUCUGUACAUAACAAAAGAAAAAUAUUCACUCACAAUAAUAGUAAUGACAGUAAAAAUUAUAGAUAUGACAUGUAGUAACCUGGUAGUAACACAGCCAACUGUGACUGUUUAUAGCAAACUCAUUGGAAACAGAAGUGCAGAGGAGUGAGCCAUCUCGUCAAUGUGGGCAUAUCUUUGCUGUGCGCUGCCGUGCAGUGCAGUUUGUUCUCGCCGCCGAGCCCGUUCGACCCUUGAAGCUGCGGUGCCAGCUGUGUUACACCGCUGUUGUUCCGCUUGUCCCGUCAGUCACUGUCACAGACACCGUGAGCCCGAGCAAAGGCCUGCGGGGCGGCGGCGGCGGCGGCUGCCGGGCAGUAAACACACACUUGACAACACUAUGCACACAGCCACACGCAACACUGCGUGUCACAUUUGACCUGGACGUUAGCGCGUCGGCUAACGUUAGCUACCGACAGUUAGCUCGGCAGCUGACUGGCGGACAGAGACGGCCACAAUAAUAAUAAAGUUGAGGCAGCAGUUCGACAAAUGUCACGAACAGACAGGUAACGACACAAAGUGCAGAGAAGAAACGACGCGGCUCCACGGCCGCGGACUUUAACCACUGUUUCACACUCGCCUUCCGGACAGGGUCAACCGGCGCCGGUGAGGGUCAACAAUGCUGCUGUCGACCACAACACGCGUGCUCGGAAGAGGGAGCACUUUGCUCCGCAGCCCGUCGAAGAGCACCUGCGUAAAGAUGUCGUCCUCCUGUCGCGCGCACAGCCGGCUGCGGGUGCUGGUGGACAUGGACGGGGUCCUGGCCGACUUCGAGGGCGGGUUCCUGAAGAAGUACCGGGCCAGGUACCCGGACGAGCCCUACAUCUCCCUGGAGGACAGGCGGGGGUUCUGGGUGUCGGCGCAGUACGGCCAGCUCAGGAGUGACCUGUGUGUGAGUGACGAAAAAGCCAUCAGCAUCUGGGAGUCCAAAGACUUCUUCAUCGAGCUGGAGCCCCUGCCGGGAGGAGUGGAGGCCGUCAAGGAGAUGGCCAGGAUGGAUAACACAGAUGUCUUUAUUUGCACCAGCCCUAUAAAGCAUUACAAACACUGCCCGUUUGAGAAGUAUGCUUGGGUGGAGAGGCAUUUGGGUCAUGACUUUCUGGAGCAGGUCAUCCUGACCAGGGACAAGACAUUAAUCACUGGAGACGUCCUCAUCGACGACAAGCCUGACAUUCUGGGUGUGGAGCCCAAACCAGUGUGGGAGCACAUCCUGUUCACCGCCUGCCACAACAAGCAUCUGUCCUUCCAGAGACGGCUGCUGUCCUGGUCGGACGACUGGAGAGCUUUCCUGGACAGCAAGAGGAAGUGAGGAACUCCUCUAUGCAAGAGCCCCAGCGGCCUGGCUUCCUGGUUAGUGGAAGUUGUCUGGGGGGUCACCACCGCCGCAGCCAUGACAACCACAACAUCGCUGCGGCUUGGAGGGGUCGCUGUCUUGAGGAAGCGUUGCCAGCAUCCUGAGACGGGGUUGGUAAACUAGAGGUCAGAUGUCUUACACAAAGCAGACACUUGUUGCUCUCUGCUGGGAGAUGAUGCUCACUUGUUGGACCACAAGGGGGCACUAUGACACCGAGUGUGAAGUCACGUUGACAACCACAUUUCCACCUAUUUUACUGAAUCAGCCUGUCACGGAAAACAGAUGAACACAAGGAAUUUCAGUCUGAAAGGGCAGGUUGAACUUGUUGACAGCUGCUCUGUGUCUGCAUCCUGUAUGUUCUUGGUUUUUUUUUUAUGGUUCAUACUAUUGACAUUUCUGUUCAAAAUCAAACAUUUUUUCUCUGUGGUCCUCUUCACAAAAGGCUUAUCAGGAGUUCUCAGCACUGUGUUGCAUUAAUGAGUCAGCGGACCAUGAUGGACUCAGAACAACAGGACACUCCACUGCACACUAAAAUCUACAAAAAACUCUCUCCAUGAGUUGUGGGUGCUGACACGUGUGUCUUUGGUGAUGUGUACCAUACCACUGUCAACAAUGUAAAUACAAAUAGACACAUAUACAGAGAUACCUCUCAAGGGUUUUAAAGAGUUUGUGUGGGUGCUGUAUGUUGGUGCUUUAAAAAGUGUUUUCUCUAUGUUUCACAAAGAUACACAUGUCUUAAUAAAUAGUCCAACGACAACUAAAAUGCUAGUUCAAGUUUGAGCGUUGCACAAAUACAUAUGCAUGUUGCCAAAACCAUCACUAGUGUAGAAUAUGUGAGAAUAACAGUCAGUGAAUAAAUGUGGGCUGAAUAUGUUUAAGAAAUAAAAGAUGAGAUUAAAUAUAAAAUUCAUUUCCAGAUUUAAGAAGGAACAAAAAAAAAGUUGAUUUAUCAGAUUACUUUUUGCUUUUACUUACUCAACUUUCACACGGCCACUGGAACCAUUUGCCUGUUGUAAAUACUAAUCAUAAUAGUACCUAUACAGUACACUUCAAACACAACCUACACAUGUGUGAGUAGUGGUCUUGAUCUGUGCUAUUUUCAUACUCAUAUUUUAUCUUUUUAGCUUGUUUACAAAAGCACAUGGAAUCAGGUACAAACCAAGUUCACAGAGCAUUUUGGCAAUUUCUGUCACACCAGUCAUGAUUUUGCCUUUUGCUGCAAUUAUGUUUUUGAGGAACAAGGCGGUGGACACUGAUCGUGUGUAUUGGCAGACGUACUUAGAUGUUCUUUGUGCCUGGUUGCUUGUGGUUUGUGCGUUGUUUCACCUCACUUCAAAUAAGUAUGACAAAAAAAAAACAGCAGGUCUAAGGCACUUUAUUGUUAUGCAUAUAUAUAAAUACACACACAUAUAGAUAUAUGGCCAGGGUGUACCCCGCCUCUGGCCUAAUAUCAGCUUGAAUUGGCUCAAGCCCUUACGUGACUUGAUAGAUAAAGUGGUAAAGAUAAUGGAUGGAUGGAUAUAUAUAGAGAGAUUUCUGUAGCUUGCCCUGAAUACAUAGUUGUUUCUCAUGAAACUCGCCACAGUUCUUGCAGUCAAGAACGAACCGUGUCCAUCGCUCUUCUGAGAGCUACUAAGAAAUGCUAUUAACAUUCAACUUGGGAGUAAUUGAAAGUCGAGACACUCCUCUUGCAUUGUACUCACAGCAAAGUGUCGUUGUAACGUCUAAGAACGGCUCUCAUGUCGUCUUAUCCAUCACGUGUACAGUGUGCUGAGAGGGGAGGAACAGCCAGUCAGAGACAAGAAAUUAAACACAACCCAAUUGUUGAUUCUUUGAAAUUACUUAAAAGCAAAUAUUCAGUUUUUUUAUUUUUCCAAGUUUAAUAAUAGUAAUUCUUUUAAAUUUGUAUAAACGUUUAAAUUCACGCUGGAAUUUCAGCACAGGAGGAAGCCCCCCCCCCCUUUCCCUAACUUGUGAUUCGUCAAAGUCACAUGUUUGUUUCCGAAUACUUCCAUCCACCGUUAACCAGUCAACUAGGUCAGCUCUUGCUCCGAGUGCUGGAAGCUUCUUCCCAUCGGAAGUGCUUGUCCGUUCCACGUGGUCGCCCCGCUUGAUGAAUUGUGUUGUCGCUGAAGCUGCUCGUCGGCAGAAGGCGAGUCAGCCGUUGCACCGGUGCCAAGUUGCAUGUCAGCCACUUUUGUCAAUGAAUGUCUCUGGUUUGCCGUGCUGAUGAUCACUUUUUGCGGCAAGUGCCGCGCAAUGCGGAGACAAUAGAUCCAAUAAAGAAAUCUAAAAGUAAACAUCAA